GUUUACCCUGAUUGCGAGAGCUCAAAAGGCAUUCUGCUCUCCCUCGAUCCUCUAAGCAGUGUCCUAAGUCCUGGAUCAGGAUGCUCGCCCCUGUGCUGUUGGCUCUGUCAGUGCUGUCCGUCUGCCUCUCUGGGGCCAGAGGAGGUAAAGUGCUGGUGUUCCCAGCAGACGCCAGCCACUGGGUGAACAUGAACAUCAUCAUUGAGGAGCUGCACUCCCGAGGUCACAGCAUUACUGUAGUGCGAGACUCAAAUAGCUGGUACAUUAAAGAGGAGUCUCCCCAUUACAAGGCCAUCACUAUCUCCUCCGGUGAGUCUGUCGACGACUCCUUCAUACAGAGAAUGUUGAAUAUAAAAAUAGAAGGCAAGCCGGACAGGGACAUGGAACAAUCAAGAGAGCUACUAGAAGCAUUGUCAAAAAUGAAUAAGGAUAUAUGCACAAUGAUGUCUGCAAUGUUUGCUGAUGAGGCCCUGAUGCAGUCGCUCCAAGAAGCCAAGUACGACUUAGUUCUGAGUGACCCUGUAGCAGCUAGUGGAACGUUCAUGGCCUACCAUCUAAAGCUCCCAUUGGUGCUCAACGUCAGGGCAACUCUUUAUGGGGACGCUCACACACUCAUUGCCCCUUCUCCUCCAUCUUAUGUCUCUGUACUUGGCUCUGGGUUUUCUGACCGCAUGUCAUUCUCCCAAAGAGUAUGGAACUGGAUUAUAUUUAUGGGGAGUAAGCUGUACCACAAACAGAUGACUGCCCAUAUCUCAGAUUUCUCCAAUCGUUUCUUUGGACCGGAUGUUGACUUUGUGUCAUUGCUCCAGAAUGCAGAUUUAUGGCUUGUACGAUAUGACUUCACUUUUGAGUUUCCACGCCCAACCAUGCCCAAUGUGGUCUAUAUUGGUGGUUUCCAAUGCAAGCCAGCUAGACCACUUCCUGUUGACCUGGAAGAGUUUGUCAAUAGCUCAGGGGAGCAUGGGGUCAUCAUCAUGUCCCUUGGAACUCUGGUUGCCGAGCUCCCUAGUAACCUCACGGAAGAGAUUGCUGCUGCUUUUGCUCAGCUUCCCCAAAAGGUCAUCUGGAGAUAUAAAGGGGCCAAGCCCUCGACUCUUGGCAACAACACCUUACUAGUGGACUGGAUGCCCCAAAAUGACCUGCUGGGACACCCAAAGACUCGAGUGUUUGUAGCCCAUGGGGGCACCAAUGGUGUCCAAGAAGCAAUCUCCCAUGGUGUCCCGAUAGUUGGCUUGCCUCUGAUGUUUGAGCAGCCAGAAAAUCUGUUCAGGAUGGUGGUGAGAGGAACUGCUAAGGUACUGGACAUUGCCACUCUGGACAGAGCAGUGUUUGUGGAGGCGCUAGAGGAAGUGCUCUAUGAGCCGUCCUACAGGGAGAACAUGCAGAGGCUCUCCAGGAUCCACCAUGACCAGCCCAUGAAGCCUCUGGACCGCGCCAUUUUCUGGAUCGAGUUCAUCAUGAGGAACGGAGGAGCUCCUCACCUGCGCACUCAGUCCUUCAGGAUGUCCUGGAUCGCUUACCACUCCAUAGACGUCAUAUUGACUCUGAUCAUGGCUCUGCUGCUCUUACUGUUGAUUAUGUUCCUGGCAAUCAAAAAAUGCUGUUCAGUUUUAUUCAAAAAGAAGAUCAAAAGUGAGUAAUGUGUAUUAUAGGGAUGUACUGUAACGCUGUAAUUGUGUGAUAAUACAACAUUUUUGCACAGUUUGUGUUCAUGAAACAUGUUUAGAGAAGUUAUGCUGUGUUAUUAUCACACACACAACAAGAACAUGGUGUGUAGCUCCAUCAUUUUAACUGGGCAGCGAUGGUGUAGUAGUUUUAAGGAAUUUGGCUUCCGAGUGGAAGCCAGAUCAUGGAUUUGAUUGCAAUUUGAUUGAAAUGAUUGGCAACGUUUCUCUGAGAUGAUUAUCAUACUGUGAAAAUAUCAUACUGUUGGAUCCUAUGUUAUGACAAAAAAAAAUACCUUCAUCAAAUAAGCAAGAUGUGAGUAAUGUGGCAUUUCAGUAAUCAUGAAAAUAGUUUAUGUAAUGUUAAUGGCAAUCCACAACUAUGCCUUUUGGAAGAUAAAACAGAAACAAAAAAUUUACCUAUUCAGCGCCUACUCAGUUCUAAUGGUCGGGGUAGCCUCUGCUGCCAGAAUUACCUACUCUGUAGAUUCUGGAAAUCACCCACACAACAAACAUGACAACAGUGGAAACUUCUAAUGAGUGAGACCUCAUCAUAUGAGAUAUAUGUGAAAAGUCACCGGAUUUCUCCUUUAACUGAAAUGUAAUUUUACCGUCUGAGCUUCUCUUUUAUAUGCUUUAUAGGCUGCACCAUUAUGAGCUGUUAAUUUUUUUUUCCCAAUGCAAAAUAUAUUAAAAAAAAAAUAAAAAAUAAU